AUGGAACACUGUUUUCACGUUCAAUUAUAUAUCUAUAGAACUACAGAUACGUUUUUGACGCAGCAAGCUUCUUUACGUCGUUUUCAACGAGUAUUAGAAGUAUAUAAUGAAUGUCGUCUCCACUGGUAUUUGCGUCAAGUAACUGCAAUGUAUUACGUAAAGCAAGGAGAUGAACAUAAUCCAGCAGGCGACAUAAUCAAAGCUGACCAAAACUAUUGGGAUGCUCGGAAACAUGAAUUAGCACUAGCUAGGCUAUGUCACAAGGAAAUAGACGCCAAAUUUGGAAUUCAACCGACGUAA